AUGGCGAGGCCCUCGGGGGUUGCCGGAGCAAUCCUUCUCAGCUUGGAGAAGCUCUUUAAGCUGGACAAUGUUACUCAUAUUGCCAGUGUGGAGCUGUGGGUGCUGCUGACGACGUUGCUGGUGGUGGUGAGGUUCCUCAUCGACUUCGAGGGGCCAUGGUUCGGGAAUCCGCGGAGGACGUUCGUUGUCCUCACCCUGGAGAUACUGAACCAAAACAUGGUGAUCUACACCAUGGGGCUGAUGCAGCUGUCGGGCGCGAGGAAGGUGAACGACUACUUCCAGGUGUGGGCGGUGCUGCUGGUGACCCUGCAGUACAGCGUCAAGACCGGGCGCCCCUACACCAGGUCGAAGCAGGUCCCAUUGUUGGACCUCAUGUCCUCCUUCUGGUCAGCCAAUCUCCUCCGGGUGCAGACCUUCUACCUCCUCAGGAUCCCCCUCUGGACGAUCUGGUCCCUGAAUGCAGUUCGCAUCGUCGUGCUCUUCGUCAGCUCCGGUAAAGGUGAGACGAAUAACCAAGAGAGCAUGAGGCUGGUGAGCGACUAUAUGAGCUACGAGGACACUCUCCCUCAGCAGAAGAAGGAAUCCUCCAUGAGCGGGUACAAGUACCUGGUGUAUGGCGAGCACCGCGUGCUCAAGGAAGUCCAAGAGGGCAGCAAGCGGGAAGUUAAAAGAACACUAUCUUCGUGUUUCAGGAAAAGGAGACAGCAAGUAAAAAGUGAGAGCAGCAGCAGCUACAAGAUUCAACUGUAUCCAGAUGGAGUCCACAAGGAGCAGAUCGUCACCGUAGAGACGAUAUGGAAGGGCGACAACGACAGCGGGUUGCUGGGAGCGGGAGAAGCAGCAGGCCAUCGCAGGGACUUGUGCCUGUCGUUCGCGCUGUACAAGCUGCUGCGCCGUCGGUUCUACGAUCUCCCGAUGCACGAGAUGGACCGGCCGGCGGGCAAGGAGAAGAUGAGGCGGCUCGUCUUCGACUACGUCCUCAAGGACCGCGAGAGGGCUUUCCGCAUCACUGGGGCAGAGCUGUCAUUCCUCCAGGACCUGUUCUACAGCAAGCAUGCCACCGUGUUAGCUGGCGGCGGGCUCCUGGUGCCGCUGCGGAGCCUGCUGCUGUCGCUGUUCCUGGCCACGGCGACGGGGUACAUCGCCUAUCCUGCCCGGUACAUACCGGAGAGGAUGGAUCCAGCCGACCGGAACAGGAUCACGCACGGUGUGUUCAUCACCCGCCUCAUGAUCGGCAUCAUCGUCCUCAAGGAGAUGCUGGAGAUUGUUCUCUACCUGUGGAUGUUUGAUUUAUUGUGCGGUGCUUGUGCCAACACUAGUAUGAUAUGGAUCUUUAGAGGUGGGCAAACUGAAGUUACAGAGGCAGAAACGCACUGUCCGCUUGUAGCACAUGGUCUCUGUUAA